AUGCGCCGUAGCACCGGUGCCACCGUUCCAUCGGUAUACGGUGCACCAUUAUCAAGAAAACACCUGACUAUUUUACGCUUUAUACAAUUAAUUAAAAGUGAACAUGUUCGUUUUGAACAUAUUUCAACACAACUUGAUGCUGAUGCAUCAGUUCCACAACAAUUGAAAGAAGCAAAAGUUGUUCAGGUGAGACUUGAUACUCUUCAUGAUUGA